UUCGCGUUAGGAGGUAAACAUAAGGUGUACACACACCGUAACACGUACGCUGCUACUUGCCGGGUUAGUUGGUUAAGGUAUUGUGGGAAGAAACAUUUUGCCUGUAGCCCCCAGGAGAUCCUAGCUUGUAGUUUAGGCUCCAGUAUAUAAACAUGCGAUUUAGCGACAGAGUUACUUGACCAGAUCGACCAGAACGAGGCACAAGAUUUCCAGGAAUAUUCAGACAAACUUUCCGGCAUGAUAUAUCCAAGGUUAUAAUUAGAAACUUCUAAUUACAGAAUUGGUUGCAACGUUUUAAAUAAAACACUUGACUGUGACUGAACAAUCAUUAUUAUUGACAGCAUAGCACGCCAUUAUGACGCGACAGAGGUGUUAUUUAUUUCUUUAUUUAUAUUUGAAUCUUGGCGGUUAUUUCAUGUCAAUUGAAGCAAUAUCCACAGCGGCUUUGUUAUAUCUUAUACAACGACACCAAACCUUAACUUACCAACACCGAGCCAACCAACGAUCCACACCAAGGCCACAAUGGUCGACAUGGGAACAAUGGACGUUAUGCUCAAGUUCUACAACCGCAGGGGUGCGGGUUCGAAGCCGGGGAUGCACUCUUGCCAGCUGUGACAGAUUACCCGGGAUGAACUUUGAAACACAGACUUGCAACAUGAGUAACCGGCCACGCGCGCAGCGUAAGACGGAGUACAUGGACAUGUGCACUAACGACGGCAUGAUGAACACCACCCUGUCGUGCAGAUUGUACAUGGAAAAUCCCGAGAUGGCGCAAACUAUUUACCAAAGCUCAGGAUGCGUGUUUGAGAUGGCGGACGCGUCAAGGAAUCCAAGCGAGCGAUCCAACAUCGUGUUUGGUCGCAACCCGGUCACUAGCAGCGGGGAAAUAAGUUUAAGCCAGCCCCACCAGGAUGGAAUGACCACAUCCAACCUAGAGACUGGGAGAUUCAAUCAGGGAACCGGGCAGAUAGUUGGAACACAAAGAAGCGCCCCUGAUAUCAACCAAAGUACACAAUCCACAAUUCUGUCGUCCUUUGCUAUAGCGAGAUACUGUUCAGAUAUCUGCAGUGGAUCUCUGGUCCCGGCCACAGGAGUGGCAGCCCUCGGCUUCAGUUCUGCAAGAACAGUGGCGGACGUGUUGUUCAUACUUUCAACGAAUCCACUUUUAAAGGGAAAUGCUGUCUUGUUGCAAAUGAGAUACAACGCAUGUACGCAAGAAUGCGCGACACUUGGCACUCGGUACGGGACUACCGGGUUAAUACUUGCGCAGCAACGACAGCCCAACGUUGCGGGUUUGCGUGUUACGUUUAACAUUGGUGAGGGCACGGGGCUUGGCAGGAAAAAACGAGAUGCAGAGUGGGAGCAAAGAGCAAGAAGCAAGAGGAAUGAGAGAAGCGAGACUAAGGAGCAAAAAUCCCGAGUUAAAAGACAAUCCUCAUCAAGGUAUUGGACCCCAUGUUAUGAACAGAGACGAACAACCAGCGAUCCCCGUGUGUUGAGGUUGGAUGGUACGCUUGGGGAAUUAUUCUUCUUCGAGAACAACCAACAGAAAUUCAUUCAUACCUUGUGCCUUGGGAGGUCCCUUGGUAGGCGGGGUCUUUAUUCUGCUGCUGAGUUGGUGACUCAUGAUAUUACACAACAACCAGCCAUUUGUAGGCAAGGCUAUUUGCAAAGAUUUGGUCUCAUGAUAUUUCCUGACGUGAACGGGACAUUCUCAUUUCGUAGCGGCGAAUCGUUUACCGUUCGAUUGGAACCUUUCUUACUCGAAUCCCACUGCGCGCUAUCUGUGCCGCGGGUAGGGUGAAUCCUUGGUUUUAAUUGAUUCAUAGUGUGUAUGUUGUAACAAUUGUGUUUAGAGAUGAACAAUCGUAUUCGCGCAAUUAAAAUAUAAAUGGAUA